CGAGAACGAGGGAGCUAGAACUUAGAAAAAAGAAGGCGCGCACUACCAGCCAGGCCUGCACAUUGCAAUUCCCUCUUCAGGAAGCUGCCGAUGUGCUGGUGAGGUGGCCACCAUGUUGGCGGGGGUCCGCUUUGUGAGCCAAGCUGAGCUGAAGGAGCUUGAGCGGAAGAAGGCGGCGGAGGAGGCGGAGCGGGACAAGGCACGGGCGGAACUUGAGGAGGAGAAACAGCAAAAGCGACGGGAGAGAAAGGAAGAAAGGCGCCGAAAGGAGGAGACUGGGGAGCUGACGUGGCUAGCACCCGGGGUGGAGAGGCGGUUUGGUUCUGAAACACGGAAGGCAAAGCCUGCCGAGUCGGGCAGCGAUGACAGCGACAGUCAUCAUGAGGACCGGCGGAGGGCAAAGAAGCGCAACGGCAAGCACCGGCGGCGGGAGGGAAGCCCGGACAGCGAGAAAGGCGAUGACGUCAGUGAUCGCAAGAAGAAACGAGGGAAGCACCCUGUGAAGGAUGAUGGUAAAAACGAGGAUGAUAUGGUUAAGGAAGUCUCUGGGAAAUCAGAGUCGACAGAAGACAAGCCCGUGGUUGCUAAGAUUACUCGGGAGGAAGCUGGCCUGGACUGGAUGACAGCCCCGGGGAAGUCUAUAGCUUCCGGCACAGCAGCUCCGGCUCUAGGCCCAAAGUCGGAAGCUCUAGACGAGACGACGAAGUUGCCGGGGGGUGAGACCAAGCCCCCGAGCAGUAGCAAGGAGCUCAACCCCUACUGGAAAACAGGGGGGGAGGGACUUCCCCCAGAGGCAAACCCACGACUGGGGGGAGGUAGGGCGAAGUCUGCGGUUGGGAUCGGGGACGGGGGGGCCAGCUGGCGAAUGAAAGCGCUGAAAAGGGCGCAGGAAGCCGCGGCGCGGGAGGGAAAAGAUUUGAACGAGGUCGUGCAGGAGAGAUGGGAUUCUCUGGGGCAGUUGACGGCGAGCGUGGCUUCUGGGCGAGCCGCGCCGGCAUAUGCGCACCGCUUUGCGCAGAAGGAUCGGGAGAGGCGCGGCGAGGAGGGGCGGCCGGCUGGCAAUGCGAAGAAAGGCGACGGGGAUGCGAAAGGUUCUGAAGAGAAAGAGCGCACAUCGACCAGCGUGAAGGAUCGAGGAGCGGAGGAGCACGGGCGACCAGAAAGGGAUAGGAGAUCUGAGGAGCAUAGGGGGGCGGGAGGGGAUAGGAGAUUGGAGGAGCAGAGGAGGCCGGCGGGGGAGAGGAGAUCGGACGAGCAUAAGAGGCCGGAGAGGAAGGACGACCGGGGUUACCUGCGGGACGUCAAGUCGGAAAAGUCGCAGAUGCGGCGGCCAGCUGAGAGUGCUCCGAUUUCGUGGCGGGGGGGCGCUCGCGCACGGCCCAUGCGAGAGGCGGACGCCGCAGUUUUGCGGGGGGCUGCGGCGGCGAUGAACCAGUUCCCAAACGACGGGAACUUCCUGGCAAAGUUCAAGAAAGACGCGCAGUCGAAGGAAGACGAGGCGAAGGGUGGGGAGGGUGCAAGGAUGGAGAAGAAGCGGGCGUCUGAAAGCGAGAGGGGCAGUAACGGAAAGCAGGAGAGCAGAGGGGUUUUGGGGGGGGCCGAACGGGGGCCUCCCCAGAAUGGAGGGAUCAGGGAGGAGAAAGAAAGUGCAAGAAGCGCUCUGGAUGAGGAGCGAGCUGCGCUUCGAGGCAUGGUGGCCGCGUUAGCGCAACCGUCGGAAUCGAAGGACGAGCCCGUUGCUGCAGGCCCUGUUCGGACUAGCCCCGCCGCUUUACCCCAGCAGGAAAGCCGACCUGAGGCUGCUACAAGGCCUUCAGAACCGGGCACAAGAGGAGAGGAGACCACUGCAGGGUUAAGCGCUAACCAAGCCCCGGGGUUAAACGCUAACCAGCUGGCGGCCAAGGCGAUGCGGCUGAAGUUAAUGGGAAAGACGGAGGAAGCGGAGAAGCUGCUGAAGGAAGCGCAGAAGCUGCGUUCCGUGGAAGUCGUUACGCUCCCGCUGGUCGACGCGCAGGGCCUUGCAGCGCCGGGGGCGUUCGGGAGCGCGCCCAUCGGGGGCGCGAGCGAGCGCAAGCCGAAGCGGGUGCAGCGGUACGACUUGGACGCUGCUGGGCGGAAUCCGGACGUUCCCGGGCGGAAUGCGGACGCGGACGGACGGAACGAGGGGCGUCCGAAGGUCAAGCCCCGGUUCGCGACGGAGCAGGUCGAGGAGGACUCCGGGAGCGGGAGCGAGGAAGAGAAGGUGCCGACGGGCCUCGGGGGGUUGCGUUCGGCGGGGCCGCAACGCGCGCGUUAUUUUGCGGACGACGACGAGAAGGAUCUGAAGACAAUUGUGGCGGAGGCGAAGCGCGGGCGGGGCGCGGAUUACGACCAGUACCUGGCGGAGAACAUUGUCAAGGACCAGAGGUUUAAGGGGUUGGCGGAUGCGGAUGGGGAGUAUGAGCAUGACGAUGGAUUGCAGAUGUACGAGUCGCGCGAGAAGAAGGGGUCGCAGAAGAAACAGGCGGAGCGAUUCCACAGCAAGCAGGUCGCCGAUGCGCGCCGGCUGCAAGGCCAGCAGGACCGGUGCCUCUUCUGCUUCGACAACCCGGGCAAGCCCAAGCACCUCAUCGUCUCCAUCGGCGUCAAGGUCUACAUGAUGCUGCCGCCACGCGGGACCAUUGUUCCGGGCCAUUGCUUCAUCGUGCCAAUGGCGCACGAGGUGGCGAGCCGGCACCUGGACGAGGACGUGUGGGACGAGGUGCGCAACUUCAAAAAGUGCCUCGUCAAAAUGUGGGCGAGCGACGGCAAGGAGGUGCUCUUCCUCGAGACGGCCACGCAGCUGCAGCGCCAGAAGCGGCACUGCGUCGUGGAGGCGGUGCCGGUGCCCGCGGGGGUGGCGUCUCGGCAGGCCCCGCUCUACUUCAAAAAGGCACUUGACGAGGCCGAGAGCGAAUGGAGCCAGCACAACGCGAAGAAGAUCAUCGACACGCGGGGAAAGGGGCUGAAGGCCAGCAUCCCCAAAAACUUCCCCUACUUCCAUGUCGAGUUCGGGCUCCAGGGGGGCUACGCCCACGUCAUCGACGACGAAGCGGGCUGGAAAGCAUCUUUCGGACGGGACGUAAUUGCCGGCAUGCUUCAGCUGCCAGAGGAAGACACGCACGGUCGCCCAAAGCAGCAGAGCUUCGACCAGCAGAGAAAGGCGGUGCUCAACUUCUCUCAAAAGUGGGACCCACACGACUGGACAAAGAUGCUCGGCUGAUAGCCGCUCAGUACGGUGGUGUCUAAAGAGAAUGGUGUCAAUCGAAAGCAACACCGCUCUGAGUCAAAUGUUUUAACUUGAAGCAUUAGCUUGUCGAUUUGCGACUGCGGCUGCAAAGCGGGGGACCGACCACAGUCAGGCGUUCCUCCCAUUGAAGGCACCCGAGCAGCGAGUUGCAUGACUCGACAUUUGUCACAGGAUUAUUCAGUGCAUGCGAUUGUACGG